CUUCCAGCAAACAGCUUCUGAAUGCCCACAAGGAAUUAAUGAUCCCCCAUCUAAAGAGAAGACUAUUAUCUCUCCAGACCGGUGGGGGAUCUACAGCCAUCUCCUAGUAAAUCUGAAUAUUCCUAGACCCUCCGAUGUAACAUGACCCCACUGUAACACGUGAGCAAUUUGGCUGCCUGGAAAGAAAGAAAAAAAACUGAUGCAGCCCAGACUCUCAGAAGUGGUGCAGACCUCUCCACUGCUGCCUGUGCCACAUCAGUCUGCGCCUCCCUGCCCAGAAUGGCAGGACUCAGGUACCCCCUGCUUGGAGCCUUGCUCAUCAUCAUUGUGGGGGUCGUGCACUGCUCCCCCAACUGCUUCCCUGGAGACCGAGCCUCAGGCAAAUGUGGGGAUCCUGCUACAGAGAAAGGAACCUGUGCAGAUAAUACAUUGGGAUAUUGUGAUGAUUUACCCUACAGCAAAGCAAUUUUUCCAAAUUUAUUAGACCAUCGAUCAAGAGGGGACGUGGAGUUUAGCGCUGAGUACAUUCUAUUAAGUGUUCUUGACAACUUGCUUCAAGGAGAAUGCAACCCUGACCUCAGGCUGGUGGGAUGUUCUAUUCUUGCUCCAAAAUGUGAAAAGAACAAGAUUGUGAAACCAUGCCGAAGGGUCUGCGAAGCUUUAAAGAAAAGUUGCCUGCCUGCCUUUGAGGCUAUUGACAUGGCAUGGCCUUACUUUUUAGACUGUGAUCGAUUCUUCGUUGGGGAAGAAGACGGCUGUCACGAUCCACUGGAAAAGCUAAGAGUGAAUGUUGAAGUCACUCCAGAAGACCUUGCUCCUCAAACACCAUAUACUUUAAUACACUUCACUCACCACAGCUACAACCAGAUGGUCAGUAUACUGAAAAAGACUGCAGCCAAGUGUUCCAACAUUGCCAAGACAUACAGCAUCGGAAGGAGCUUUGAGGGAAAGGACCUUUUUGUUAUUGAGUUUUCCAACAAUCCAGGACAGCAUGACUUAUUGGAGCCAGAAGUUAGAUACGUUGGCAAUAUGCACGGCAAUGAAGUCGUGGGCAGAGAGUUACUCAUUUAUCUGGCGCAGUAUUUAUGCUCUGAAUAUCUUCUUGGAAAUACCAGGAUCCAGACAUUGAUCAACACAACCCGAAUUCACCUCCUGCCUUCCAUGAACCCAGAUGGCUAUGAGCUGGCAUCACAGGAGGGCGCUGGCUACAAUGGAUGGACAAACGGGCGAAUGACAGCUCAGAACAUUGAUCUUAAUAGAAAUUUCCCAGAUUUGACAGCAGAAGUGCAUAAGAUCAUGAAAGUACGCUCGGCACGAGUCGAUCAUAUGCCGAUCCCUGAGUCGUAUUGGUGGGGUAAGGUAGCUCCAGAAACAAAAGCAAUCAUGAAAUGGAUGAGAAAUGUCCCAUUUGUUUUAUCCGGUAGUCUUCAUGGAGGCGAUUUAGUUGUCACUUAUCCCUAUGACUUCUCAAAGCACCCCUUAGAAGAAAAACAGUUUUCACCCACUCCAGAUGACAAGGUAUUCAAGAUGCUUGCAAAAACCUAUGUUGCUUCACAUCCUAAAAUGUCAGAUCAGUCAACAGAAAGGUGUGGUGGAAAUUUUAUUAACAGAGGUUCCAUCAUAAAUGGUGCAGAAUGGUACAGCUUCAGUGGAGGAAUGCCAGACUUCACUUAUCUCCACACAAAUUGUUUUGAACUUACCCUGGAGCUGGGAUGUGAGAAGUUCCCAACUGAGGACGAACUGUAUCCUGCCUGGCAAGACAAUAAAGAAUCUCUGCUGAGCUUAAUUGAAAUGGUACAUCGUGGUAUUAAAGGGGUAGUCAAGGAUGAACAUGGGAAUCCAAUAAAGAACGCUCGAAUCUCAGUGAAAGGAAUUCGCCAUGAUAUAACCACAGGCGAAGAUGGAGAUUACUGGCGACUCUUGAUUCCAGGUGUCUAUGUGAUCACCGCAGAAGCUUUUGGCUACUCUAAGGUUUCCAAGAAGAUCACUCUUCCAGCCAGAAUGAUGAAAGCUGGACGCGUUGAUUUCAUUUUGAACCGUGUUGAAAUAAAAACUCGAAAGUAUGAUAAACUUAUUCCAGAAGAUAUCUAUGAUCGAUAUGAUCCACUCGAUUCUUAUGAUCCUCAUGCUCACCCAGGGCAAAGGGAACAAGGUGAAGGAGAUGAACAGUCCCAAGAUAGAGAAAAGCCUUGGUGGUGGUCAUAUUUUAGCAUGUUAGGUAAUAACAAACCAUCAUGGCUACUUAAAAACAACUAAUUGUUAACAUCUUAAUGGUAAAGGACAACAUCUGUGUUAAUAUUUUAUAAUUGUUACAUUUCAGCCAACCUGGUUGUCUGGUUUCCUAUAUUGAUGACCUAUCUUGAGGAAAGGUUAUCAAUAUCAGAGCAGUUUAAAGAGAACACAACAGUCUAACUGCUUUGAUGAUUUCAUUGAUAAUUUUAUUGGUCGUAUGGCCAUUACGUUAGUUUCUUUUCUUUAUGCCCAUGGGCAAA